AGUUAGUGAACACCUGCUCUAAAGAAACCCUAGUUUUCAAAUUUCGAACUUGCGCUCUUCUCCACCUACCUACAUUUGAAUCUCCUUCAUGGAUCGUCGUUGUCUAAAAUCUCCUUCAUCAGUACUAGACGAAGUUGAAACAAAGCUCAGAGCUUUGAAGCUGAAAUACACAUCAACGGAGGAGCAAGAAGCACCUCCUAACUCGGUUGAGCUUUUGCGCUACAUCAAUGGAAACACUCCCAAAGCCAAAUGGGUCGCAGCUGAGAAACUCACCUCUUACUGCUUCCUCAAGACGACAUCAUCCCACGAAGACUCGGAGAAGGAAUGGUGGGUUCUGAAGGUCGGGAGUAAGAUCCGAGAGAAGGUCUCCGAUGAAAUGCGGUUGAAGAAGGCGUAUAAAGAUCAAAGAGCUGAGUUCGUUGCUCAAGGUGGAUAUUGGGCGUUGAGCUUCAGCAGCGGAGGAGAAGACCUCCUAACCGCCUUUGUAAGCAGCUUUAACAAUUGCUUGUUUGAGAACAAUCAUGGUGAUGACUUGAAUGAAGCUAACAUCUUUGACAAAGAUUUCAAUCCUGAUGAUUCCAUGUGGGAAGAAGCUGAUGAUAUUUUGCUUAAGACCCCCCCACGGGACCUCCUUACUGAGGCUUUUGAGGAAGCUACGAGUGAGGAGAGCAUACAUAGCUUAGCUCUAGGUGCUUUGGAUAAUAGCUUUCUUGUAGGUGAUUCUGGUAUUCAAGUUUUCAAGAACAUGAGGCAAGGGGUUCAGGGGACUGGUGUUUUUGUUGACUUUGACGCCGCUGCUUAUGCCUCACCACCAAACAAGAAGAAGAAGGCUCUUCUCAUGAGAGCUGAGACCAACAUGUUGCUCAUGAGUCAAAACCCAGGAAUCCAUCAGCUUGAUAUUGAAACUGGCAAGGUUAUUUCGGAAUGGAAGUUUGAGAAAGACGGAGUCGAUAUCUCUAUGACUGACAUUACUAAUGAUGCUAAAGCUGCUCAACUCGACCCAUCUGGAUCUACCUUUCUCGGUUUGGACACCAAUAGGCUUUGCAGAUGGGAUAUGCGUGACCCUGUUGGGAUGGUUCAGGAUCUUGCUACCCCCACUGUCUUGACUUGGGCUCAGGGGCAUCAGUUUUCUAGAGGGACUGGGUUCAGUUGCUUUGCAACUACUGGUGAUGGCUCAAUUGUUACUGGUUCUUUUGAUGGCCAGAUUAGACUCUACUCAAGGGACAAUUUGAAUAAGGCUAAGACGGCUUUCCCUGGACUUGGUGCCCCUGUAACUCAUGUGGACGCUACUUACGAUGGGAAAUGGAUUGUUGGUACAACUGAUACAUAUCUCAUUGUUAUCUCUACCCUUUUCACUGAUAAGGCUGGUAAGACAACGACUGGCUUUGAGGGUCCCAUGGGAAAUAACAUGUCUGCACCAAGGUUGCUCAAGCUAACACCUCUCCACGCCCAUUUAGCUGGAUCCAACAACAAGUUCCGCAAUGCUCAGUUUUCAUGGGUCACGGAGGAUGGGAAACAAGAGCGUCAUGUUGUGGCAACUGUUGGCAAAUUCAGUGUGAUAUGGAACUUUCAGCAAGUGAAGGAUGGAUCUCACGAAUGCUACCAUGAGCAGGAAGGGAUGAAGAAAUGCUAUUGCUACAAGAUAGUCCUUCGAAAUGAAUCUAUUGUGGACAGCCGUUUCAUGAACGACAACUUUGCAGUCUCUGGUUCUCCUGAAGCGCCUCUGGUCAUUGCAACUCCCAUGAAAGUCAGCUCUUUCAGCUUAUCCAGCAAGAGAGGAAGGAAGCAAGCAAGUGAUUGACCAUUAAUUUAUAAAUAUUAUUAUCAUAAUUUUAGCUUUGUAUAAAAAAGAGUUUGUUGCUAAAUAUUAAUCGUGUGAUACAAAAAUAUAAUAUAUCAAAACAAUGGGUAAUAUAA